GGUCACAGCACCCUCCUGUCCGGGCUUUAGAAGCAGGCUGCGACCACAUCACAGAACACCUCCUCCUCCUCUUCCUCUUCCUCCACCCUCCACCUCUACCCUUCCUCCUCCUCCCUCCGUCCUCCUCUUCACAGGCGAGGAGCGUCAGCGUCGGAGUCCUGGAUGCGUUCAGCCGGAUCUUAGCCCGCCCGCACACCGUGAUUUAUCCCGCGCUGUUCGGAGGAAGAACGUUUCUCUCCAGUCAUGCACAAGGUGGAGGGACGGGUGACCCCGGUCAACCUGCCGUCUUCCAGGGGCCCGAGUGCCCCGGGCUCUCCUGCCACAGGCAUCGUGGCCCGAGUGAACGACCAGGUCGUGGGCUACAGAGACCUGGCGGCUCUGCCCAGAGAUAAAGCCAUCCUGCAGGUGGAGAGACCAGACCUGAUGACCUACCAACCACACCUGAGCUUCUCCCCGCUCGACCCGCCACGCAGAGAGCGAUCUCUCUCUCCUCCCUCCACAUCUCCGACCAGGUCUCCUGAGGUGAAGGGACGCAGAGCGGAGAGUGAGAGCGGCUCACCUGGAGGAUCCACACUGCAGCUGAACGCCGGACGCAAGAUCAGCACCAGCCUGCAGCAUUUCCACAGACCAGAUAAUGGAACCAACAUCUACAGGAAACCUCCCAUCUACAAACAGGAUGUGAACAAACAUCUGGAAGGCAGCGGAGUCAUUCAGUCAGCAAAGUUUCCUGCAGCUCAGCCUCCAGAUCCCAGCCAGCCCUCCAAGAUAGAGACAGAGUACUGGCCCUGCCCCCCCUCACUGGCUGCCAUGGAGAUUGAGUGGAGGAAGAAGAAGCUGCAGGAGGAAGAUGAGUUUGAGGACCUGACAGAAGAAGCUCAGACGCUGCAGGAGCAGGAGCUGGAGAAGAUCAAGUCCAACCUGGGCCGUCUGAUCCUGAAGGAGGAGAAAGAGAAAGCCGUUCACUUUCGGAGGAAGACGCAGUCCCUGCCUGACAGGACACACAUGCACAGCAGUUUGUCAGCGAGUGCAUCAAAGUCUCCUUCACGCUCCGGCUCAGGUUUGACCAGAAUGCAGUCUGCAGAGUUUUCCUCAGACGGAGACAAAGGACGCUCAGCGGCUCAGAACGGAGAAUCUCGGAGGGAGAGGAUGGACAGAGGAAACUCUCUGCCGAGUAUCCUGGAGCAGAAGGUCUAUCCCUAUGAAGCGCUAGUUGUGACCCACAGAGGGCGCUGUAAGCUGCCGCCGGGAGUCGACCGCACUCGCCUGGAGAGGCACCUGACUCCGGAGGAGUUCCAGCAGGUGUUCGGGAUGCCGAUGGCCGAGUUCGACCGCCUCUCUCUGUGGAGACGAAAUGAACUGAAGAAGAAAGCCUCACUUUUCUAACAGGAAGUGACCUCGUUCCCAACAAAUACUUGAUGAGAGGAGGAGGAAGAGGAGAAAACCCAGGCCACAACAUCAGAUAUCAGUCACCAAACACACAGAGCCAAUCAUCACGUCAGGCCACGCACACACAGCCAUCUAACCAACCAAUCACAUCCCUGGAUACGAGCCGGCCCCUGAGGAUCAGACUGAGGGCUGAUCCUGAUUAACCCUUUACUCAGACUAACCCCGACUGAUGCACUGACGCUCAGACAUAUUAUCACCUGUGCUGCACUUAUAAUCACCACUGCUUGCAAAUCAUCCUGGUUAUCGUGUCCACGCAUCCCAAACAUCAUCAUCAUCAUCAUCAUCAUCAUCAUCAUCAUCAUCUUCAUCAUCAUCAUCGUCAUCUUCAUCAUCAUCAUUAUCAUCAACAUCUUAAUCUUCAUCAUCAUCAUCAUCAACAUCUUCAUCUUCAUCAUCCUCGUUGCUUUUUGUUUCUCACAGCUGAACCUGCAGAGGUCUGGAUCAGGUGAAGUUAGCGAGUUAGCAGCCAUCACCGGCUCUAACUCAGGCCUUCUGGUUUCAUGAAGCUGGUUCAGUUUCUAAACCUGUCAGAAGCAACUACUGACCAAUCAGAUGACUGGAAAAUGAGGUCAUCGUUUCUACAGGAUCCUGACAGGGACAUAAUUUAUAGUAAAUUCAAAAGUGAUAAAGAACAAGGCCAACCGUUUUAGAACAGCAGCUUCUACACUUCUGGACAUGCUUUCAUUCUGUUGUUUUCAUGUUGUUUUCACGUUGUUCUGUCAGACUGGCGCCUGAUCAUGUGCAGAUCAGCAGCAGCUCUCACAUCGUAGCUCAUUGGUCAGACAAACUUUCCACCAUCUUUGUGAUGAUGAACUGCUGCUGGCUCGCUCUCUCACACCGCCCCCCCACUGGUCAUGAGCUGAAUUGCAUCGAGCAUAAACGCAUCAUCAGCUUCUAAGAACGAGCAGAACCAACGCUGAGGAACACAGAACCUGCGAUGAAGCCACGAUGUGCGUGAGGCCGUAGCUAAGAGCAGGUUUAUCGUGGCUGUUCCUGACCCUGACGUACGGAGUCCCGGCAGGGCCAUAAACAGUGGUGUGCUUUACACAUCUGUCUGUGGAGACGAUGCUUCACUGAGCUCACGGGAAAAAAGAAGAAUGUAAAGUUAAAAACUGUAAAAUUGAAUUUGGAACAGAAUGUGUGUUUGCAUCCUCGUGUUUCUGCAGCUUCUUGUUCUGUGUGAUUUCACUGUGCUGUGAAUCACCUGCUGCUGCCUGAAGAACUUUGUUGUUUCCAUCUUAUCUCAACUGGACCAGUUAAAAACCAGCUUCAUGAGACCAGUUAACAGGAUCCCUGAGGCAAAGCCGGGAACCUGAACAGAGACAGACUCUGUUAAACCUUCGUCAGCUGAUGAACGAGGAGCUGAUGUCACAUAUUCAACAUGUAACAGAUCAGAUCUAUUUAUUAUGUGAAGCUGUUAAUUUAUUUGAUGAUUGUGUUGUUUGAGUCGUUUUAGUUAUUUCUGCUGUACAGUGGGUUUGAUUUAACGAGCGCCCUCUGAUGACUUCACCCCUCGCUUUAACGCGCCGCCAACAUUUUCCCGCUAUUUUUAUCCCGCCAUUUUAAAGGAGUAGUUCGUACUAACCAACUCUGUAGCAUCUAUAUUGGAUCGUGUCUUGAGCUAGGACGCGUCUCGGUGUCCGUCCAUCAUGCUUUCUCCAGGUAACACCUCCAUCACCAUCCAGGCCUCUUUGUUUCUGUUGUACGAUGUAAAGGAGUCAAAUAAA